CUGAGAGGACAGGAACUGAAACAUCCCAUUCAGACAGAGCUUCAAUCUCUCUACUGAGAGGACAGGAACUGAACCAUCCCAUUCAGACAGAGCUUCAAUCUCUCUACUGAGAGGACAGGAACUGAAACAUCCCAUUCAGACAGAGCUUCAAUCUCUCUACAAACAUCUCAGGCUUUUCUAGAGUUUCUCUCUAUGAAGUAACAGAAUAGAGUGUAGCAUCAUAUUCUGCUGUUUGUGUCUGGUCCUUUUAAAUCCAUCAGUUAAAGCAAUAUCCAUAUGAUGCAGUAUUGACCUGAUGAUGAUGAUGAUCACAACAAGAGAGACAACAUCAGUUUCCUUUCAGACAAUGUCUUUUUAUAAUCUUUUUGACAUGUAGUAAUGGAUGGUUCUUCCAUUUCCAGAUCUCCCAUUGUGUCUUGUAUAUAAUGUUAUAAUAAUCACUGAUCAACUGCUGUUUCUUAGAGUUCACCCCUCUGCCAUGAAGCAGAAGUGAGUGUAUUUGGUGAGGAGGUUUUGUCAUGGUGUAUAUGACUGUGAUAGGAGAGUCAUUUUGAGUCUGACAGUAAUACACUGAUGAGUCUCCUCCACAUUGUUAAUAAUCAAAACAUAAUCUGAUUUAGACUGAUGAUUAGAUGUGAAUUUAGGAGAGGAGAAACCAGAACCAUAUUCUACAGAUCUCCAACCAGUGUGGUACCACCUUAACACGUACUGAGGGACUCCUCCUGGAACCUGUUUAUACCAACGAGCAGCACUCUUAUCAACAUUCCCCAGGUUACAGUCCAUAAUGGUGGUCUCUAUCAUCAACAGUCCCCGGGUUACAGUCCAUAAUGGUGGUCUCUAUCAUUAACAGUCCCCAGGUUACAGUCCAUAAUGGUGGUCUCUAUCAUCAACAGUCCCCAGGUUACAGUCCAUAAUGGUGGUCUCUAUCAUCAACAGUCCCCAGGUUACAGUCCAUAAUGGUGGUCUCUAUCAUCAACAGUCCCCAGGUUACAGUCCAGAGUGUCUGUCUCUAUUAUCAACAGUCCCCAGGUUACAGUCCAGAGUGUCUGUCUCUAUUAUCAACAGUCCCCAGGUUACAGUCCAGAGUGUCUGUCUCUAUUAUCAACAGUCCCCAGGUUACAGUCCAGAGUGUCUGUCUCUAUUAUCAACAGUCCCCAGGUUACAGUCCAGAGUGUCUGUCUCUAUUAUCAACAGUCCCCAGGUUACAGUCCAGAGUGUCUGUCUCUAUUAUCAACAGUCCCCAGGUUACAGUCCAGAGUGUCUGUCUCUAUUAUCAACAGUCCCCAGGUUACAGUCCAGAGUGUCUGUCUCUAUUAUCAACAGUCCCCAGGUUACAGUCCAGAGUGUCUGUCUCUAUUAUCAACAGUCCCCAGGUUACAGUCCAGAGUGUCUGUCUCUAUUAUCAACAGUCCCCAGGUUACAGUCCAGAGUGGCCGUCUCUAUUAUCAACAGUCCCCAGGUUACAGUCCUUAGUGGCCGUCUCUAUUAUCAACAGUCCCCAGGUUACAGUCCUUAGUGGCCGUCUCUAUUAUCAACAGUCCCCAGGUUACAGUCCAGAGUGUCUGUCUCUAUUAUCAACAGUCCCCAGGUUACAGUCCAGAGUGUCUGUCUCUAUUAUCAACAGUCCCCAGGUUACAGUCCAGAGUGUCUGUCUCUAUUAUCAACAGUCCCCAGGUUACAGUCCAGAGUGGCCGUCUCUAUUAUCAACAGUCCCCAGGUUACAGUCCAGAGUGUCUGUCUCUAUUAUCAACAGUCCCCAGGUUACAGUCCAGAGUGUCUGUCUCUAUUAUCAACAGUCCCCAGGUUACAGUCCAGAGUGGCCGUCUCUAUUAUCAACAGUCCCCAGGUUACAGUCCAGAGUGUCUGUCUCUAUUAUCAACAGUCCCCAGGUUACAGUCCAGAGUGGCCGUCUCUAUUAUCAACAGUCCCCAGGUUACAGUCCAGAGUGUCUGUCUCUAUUAUCAACAGUCCCCAGGUUACAGUCCAGAGUGUCUGUCUCUAUUAUCAACAGUCCCCAGGUUACAGUCCAGAGUGUCUGUCUCUAUUAUCAACAGUCCCCAGGUUACAGUCCAGAGUGUCUGUCUCUAUUAUCAACAGUCCCCAGGUUACAGUCCAGAGUGGCCGUCUCUAUUAUCAACAGUCCCCAGGUUACAGUCCAGAGUGUCUGUCUCUAUUAUCAACAGUCCCCAGGUUACAGUCCAGAGUGUCUGUCUCUAUUAUCAACAGUCCCCAGGUUACAGUCCAGAGUGUCUGUCUCUAUUAUCAACAGUCCCCAGGUUACAGUCCAGAGUGUCUGUCUCUAUUAUCAACAGUCCCCAGGUUACAGUCCAGAGUGUCUGUCUCUAUUAUCAACAGUCCCCAGGUUACAGUCCAGAGUGUCUGUCUCUAUUAUCAACAGUCCCCAGGUUACAGUCCAGAGUGUCUGUCUCUAUUAUCAACAGUUCCCAGGUUACAGUCCAGAGUGUCUGUCUCUAUUAUCAACAGUUCCCAGGUUACAGUCCUUAGUGGCCGUCUCUAUUAUCAACAGUUCCCAGGUUACAGUCCAGAGUGUCUGUCUCUAUUAUCAACAGUCCCCAGGUUACAGUCCUUAGUGGCCGUCUCUAUUAUCAACAGUCCCCAGGUUACAGUCCAGAGUGUCUGUCUCUAUUAUCAACAGUCCCCAGGUUACAGUCCAGAGUGUCUGUCUCUAUUAUCAACAGUCCCCAGGUUACAGUCCAG